AUGGCGUCGUUGCAUAUUUCAGCUCUGCUCACUUUGUUCAUUGUGACAUUUAGUUUGUACCUCGUAUACUCAGAAAGAUUGACUUACUUUAAUGAUGGAAUUGCUUGUGAUCAUAGAUGUAUUGGGGCCCUUGGCGAUGCCAGGUUGUGGCUAAAGUGUUCAAACUUUGUAAAAUCUUGUCAACACAGACGAGGGUUCUUCAGACGAAAAAUUGGUUAUUACAGCAAUCAUACAGCCGGGUAUCACUUGGAGAAAAUUGAUUUAGUCGGUAUACAUCCUAACCCUGGACCAUUACAAUCUACUGAAUCUAGUGGUAACCGUCAUAAUAUCAGAUGUUUAUAUCUAAAUGCUCGAAGUGUGAUUAACAAGACAAACGAACUUCAAACAUUUGCUAUAGAUUCCGACUUAAUAUGUAUUACGGAAACUUGGCUCAAACCCAAAAAUUUGGAUUGUGAAAUUUUAUCGGUGAAUGAUUUUGCGAUAUAUCGACAGGAUAGACUUGGUAGAGUCGGUGGGGGUGUUCUAUGUGCAGUGCGGGACUCCCUACCAAGUUGUCGAAGAAAAGAUCUCGAAACUGGAGUUGAAAUGCUUGCUUGUGAACUUAGACCUAAGAACAGGAAGAAAAUUUUAGCUGCCGUUUAUUACAGACCACCAAAUUCUGAUCUCACUUAUUUGAAAGAAAUUAAAAAGUCGCUGCAGCUCAUUUCGAAAGCCAAGUUUGAUCAAAUACUUAUAUGUGGUGACUUCAAUUUACCUGAUAUGGACUGGUCUACGGGUUUGCCAACAACUGGCGAAGCAAUCCAUAAUUAUUUCUCGAAGACGGUUCGCGACUAUUUUUUGUGGCAAUUGGUCGAUUUCCCAACGAGGAAUGAUAAUAUUCUUGACCUAGUGCUUACCAACAUUCCAGAAAAAAUACUGAAUCUCGAAGGUUUUGAUGAUAUACUUGAAACUGACCACAAAAUAUUAAAAUUUGAUUUCAAUUUAAAAAUUCAUCCAAAAAUAAAGUCAAAGCGUACUGUGUUCAAUUUUAAGAAUGCAAAUUGGAUAGCCCUUAAAGAACUGCUGAUGCAUACCCCCUGGGACAUGGCCUUUGUUAAGAAUGACAUAAACAAUUCACUUAGUAUCUGGUGUGAUCUAUUUUUUGCUGCUGUCAAUGAACACAUACCUAAAUGUACAAAACGGUGCGUGACUAAUCCGCCGUGGAUUGACACUGAAUUAUUAAAGCUUAUUCGAAAGAAAACACAUCAAAGAAGGAUAGCCAGCCGUACUAAAUUACCUAUUGAAAUUGAAAAAUUCAAAAUCCUAAGGCGUAAAACAAAACAAAUGAUCGCCAAAAAACGCAAGGAUCACGCUUAUAAAAUUCGGGAUUCUCUUGUGGAAAACCCAAAAAGGUUUUGGGCGCUCAUUAAAUCAUCUACAAUAACAAAACCUAUACCAAAAUUUCUUAGAGAUGGUCAACUGUUUGUAACAGACAAUAAAGCUAAAGCAGAAUUAUUAAACAAAUACUUCCACUCUGUAUUCGCUACACCUGACCAACAUCAGCCACUGCAAUCUCAAUUAUCAGACGUUGUUACACAAAGGACCGUUAGAUACGCUGAUCGUCUGUCGAACAUUGAAUUGACGGAAAGCGAAGUCGCCAAUGUGCUUAAGAGCUUGGAUCCUAAUAAGGCUUGUGGCCCGGGUGGAAUACCGAACAGACUUCUUCAGAACGUGUCGACCGAAAUUGCACCAUCCCUAUGCAAGCUAUUUAACUUGUCGCUAUCCCAGGGAGUUGUUCCUUCAGAAUGGAAGUUAGCAAAUCUUUCGCCGAUUUUAAAAACCGACGACCCAACAGUCUCCUCCAAUUAUAGACCCAUCUCGCUCCUAAAUACAAUUUCCAAGGUACUCGAACGCUGUGUAUUUAAUCAUUGUAGUAAGCAUCUGGAGCCUCAGAUAUACCAUUUACAGCAUGGUUUCAUGAAGGGUCGAUCAACAGUAACACAACUUGUUGAGGUCUAUGAUGAUAUUGUAAACUCUGUCGCAAGUGGAAAGGAGGUAGAUGUGUUGUAUCUUGAUCUAGCCAAAGCAUUUGACAAAGUGCCUCAUAAUUUGUUACUCUUGAAACUUCAGUUGCAUGGUAUCACAGGUCCACUAUUGUUAUGGAUGAAGAGUUAUCUUUCUGAACGAAAACAGAGGGUUGUCCUGGAAGGUGCUUCUUCUGAUUGGCUACCAGUAACAUCAGGCGUGCCACAGGGCUCCAUUCUAGGACCUUUGUUGUUUUUGGUUUAUGUGAAUGAUCUACCAAGUUGCAUUAUUAACAACUCGAAUAUUGCACUUUUCGCUGAUGACUCGAAAUG